AAGAGAAACCGAGCCCAGCACGCCAAGCAGCAGAAACGAAAGGAGAAGCAUCCUGAUUUUCAAGUUCAGACGCCGCAACAAAUCAAGGAGUUUCUGCAAACUAGAAAGGAUAUUUCGGGCAGAGAAUUGUGUAUCUUUAUUGGUUUGCUGAUCGCCAGCACUAUCGUGCCGAAGAAGGAGAAGUUCGAG